AUGAAGUACGCUCUCUCGAUCAGCCUUGCCGGGACGCUCCUCACGCAGGGUUGCUCGGCGCUCUGGCUCUUGCCCACAGCACGUAACUUCAUCUACAUCGUUCCUGAUGGCUAUGGUCCAGCCUCUCAGACCAUGGCACGAGACUACGUCUCGCUGCUGCAGAACGGUGAAAACCCCAAGGCACCAGUCUCCAUCCAGCUCGCUGCAGACGGCAUGGUUAUUGGGAACGUCAGGACACAGGCAAGCAACAACCUGAUCACAGAUUCUGCGGCCAGUGCGACAGCAUUUGGCUGUGGUGUCAAGACUUACAACAAUGCAAUUGCUGUAGAUGACGACGGUCAGCCCGUAGGCUCUAUUCUCGAAGCUGCCAAGAUGGAGGGCUUCAAGACCGGUCUUGUGGUGACUUCGACCAUCAACCACGCCACUCCAGCUUGCUAUGCUGCCCAUGUCGCUGACCGCAACUCAUACGAGAAGAUUGCAGAGCAUGAGAUUGGGUACUCACACCCGCUUGGUCCACAGGUCGAUAUUCUUUUGGGCGGCGGACGCUGUUACUUCAAGCCCAAGUCCGACCCUACCUCGUGCCGAAAAGACGACAUCGAUCUCUUCGGCUACGCCAAAGGAAAAGGUUACCACAUUAUGCAGGACCGAAAGGCGUUCGAUGAGCUGAAGAAGGGGACGGCCAAGUCGGCUGAUCUACCUUACAUCGGUCUCUUCAACGAUGACCAGAUGAUGUACGAAAUCGAUCGCAAGCAGGACCCUACGCAGGAACCAAGUCUACUGGAGAUGGUUGAGACGGCACUGACCUCGCUCGACCGCGCCACCAAAUGGAGUCUUAGGGGCUACCUACUUGUUAUCGAAGCCAGCCGAAUAGAUCAUGCUGGUCAUGCCAACGACCCCGUGGGCCACCUCCACGAAACCAUCAUGUACAACGACGUCAUGAAAUAUGUGCGCGAGUGGAUCGACAAGCAUCCCGAUACCCUGAUGCUCUCGGCUGCAGAUCACGAAUGUGGCGGUCUGACUCUCAAUGGCUUCAACCCGCUCCCCCUCAAAUCCGCCACCAUGACCACCGAGCGCGCCGCCGCCCUCUGGAAAGCAAACAACGCCACAGAUAAACGUGCAUAUCUGACCUCGACCAUCCUUCCCGGCUAUGGUCUCGCCGAUCUGCCCACAACCGCCAUCGACGCUCUCCUGACGUCGCGCAACUUUGCGUCUGAUCUCGCCGCCCGCCUAAGCAGCAAGGCAGGCGUGAAUUGGAGCACGGGCGGCCACACUGCAAGUGAUGUCACGCUGUUCGGGUACGGCGCUGGCUGGCGCGGCGGGAAUCUCAAAGCGGACAUGGCGGGUAACUGGGACAACACGCAAUUGCCGGGCUACAUUGAGGGCGUGCUGAAAGUCAAGAUGAGUAAGGUCACGGAGAAGUUGAGGAAAGCGGGGAGUGCGUGGGUCGGGAAGAGGGAUCUGAAUAGCCAUGGGCAUGUGCACGAGCACUGA